AUGACAGGGUCCAUUGCUUCUUCAUCUUCUGACGAGCAUCUUGUUGCUCGACGGCGACCUUACCAUAUCGAAGAAGCUAGGAAGCUGGCCGACCUUCGCUCAAGAAGCUACAAGGACAUCGUGUCCGACACCAUACACCCCCCCGACGGAUCAGAAGAUAUCACCACAGAGAGAAUAUUACCACGCAAUGUUACAUGGAGGGAAGACUACAAAAUGUUUCAAGCUUGGGCAGAAAAAACAAGCCUGACUCGUUGCAAAACCGCAGGCAAAGAUACCUACUAUUGUACAACCUCUGAGCACGAUUUUCGCAAUGUCGAACCUGCCAACCAGGCUUUGAUUGUUCGUGCUCUGGAAAGAAUGGGAGCUGGAAUAUGGCACAUGAACAACGAGCAGAUAGCGCAUGAAUUAAAUAUGCACGAACGCUACUACAUCGAGUCAACAUCAGAUCCACGAGAGGUUAAGAUGAAGAUCUUCAACAUGAGGCCGUUCCUUGAAGGUCUGGAGGAAUUGAUCAAACCGAUGGAGAGCUUCAGUAUCAAGACAAUGUACCUGCGCUGUCGUACCACCUACGAGACGGUCUUGCACAAUUUCGACGAAACAAGUCAGCUGAUACACAAUGAAUCGUUACCCGAAGCUGCCGUACGCCGAUAUAAUGACCUAAACGACUGGGCGGAAGAUACAGGGGCAACUUUAGAAGGCGAAGCCUCUCUUGACUUUAAACUUAGCACAGAACCUGAGUUAAAGGACGAGGUCUUAGAUCUGUAUCAUCGCAUCGAUUCGGAGCUGAAGUACAUGAUUAUGAUUUUGGAGAAAGAGGACACUCUAGGAGAUGAACCGCCGGACUUGAUAUCAGAUUCGGAGUCGGACCCAGAACCAGACUAUGAUCCAGACGUCGUUUUGCCAACUGACUUUUCAUCAUGGACAAAGGUUGAACGAACUUUCCACUGGGUCAGCCAAGCCCAUGCUGGCCUUCGCGUGUUAGCUGAGGCCCAGAAUUGGUCCGCUGGACCAAGCGCUUCAUGA